GAGAGAGAGUGUUGGUUCGGAAAUCGAUGAAGAGGCAGUGUGUGAGGGGAUAGAGACAGAAGAGAAACGGAGGGUUACAACCUCCAGCGAUUGGGUUAGAGAGAGAGAGAGAGAGAGAGAGAGAGAGAGAGAGAGAGAGAGAGAGAGAGAGAGAGAGAGAGAGAGAGAGAGGAGGACAGGGUGACAAGCAGCAGCGAGCAAUCUACCACAAAAAAAAAAAACCAAACCGGGUCUGCCGAAAAUGACUUCAAGUGUUUAAUCUAUUUCUCAUUUCCACCCGUUGUCGGAAACCUGCGAUGUUUUAAAAACCGCUCUCCAUAAAUAUACCGGCGACCCGCCGCUUGCCCGGUGUUCAUGGACGGCAAGCAGACGCGCACACGGACAGACUGACCGGGGAAGAGGCGAGGAAUACACCACAGCGAGCCCCAUUCAUCAUGACUUCUGCUUAACAUGACAGCGGUUUGAAUAAUCACUGGAUUAACUGCAGUUUCAUAGGCUUGCGCGUUUUUUUUUUGUUGUGUGUUUUUGUGCUUGUUUUAAUUGAGCAGCUAACAGCUAUCUGCGUUCUGUCUGCGCGCUGGAGUGCGCGAGGUAAGCUUGGAAAUAAUUUUCCAAAUAUGAUGCAUUGACGAAUGAACACUCUGUAUUUAAAACUGGUGUGAUCUUUCUAAAGCAGGAAAGCCGGAUUCUGGAUUGGACUGGAUUGUAGUGUUUAUUAUUAUUAUUAUUAUUAUUAUUAUUAUUAUUAUUAUUAUUAUUAUUAUUAUUAUUAUUAUUAUUAUUAUUAUUAUUAUUUUAUAUAUAAAGGAUUUAGUAAAACUCUAAUUUUGUAUUUUUUCACGAUAAUAACAGUAUUUGGUGCAAAAAAGAUUCUUUAGACUGCAUUAAAAAAAUGACUCUAGCGAACAAAAUAACUUUUAUUUAAUGAUUUAUUCAAAUUAAAAGGCGACCGCAGAGGUAGAUAAUUCAAACCAGAACAUAUACUGUGUAGAGGUUCCAUGGAAGAAGUUGCCAUCAUUUACAGUAAAAUAAAAAUAAGCGAAACUAUUCAAAGUUAAACAGACGUGUGCUGUCGCUGAAUUUUAAUAGAGACCUCGAUUGUUUAAGCCAUCGAUUUCAGAGAGAGAGAGAGAGAGAGAGAGAGAGAGAGAGAGAGAGAGAGAGAGAGAGAGAGAGAGAGAGAUGCAAUGAAUGAUGUCUGGCCAUAGGCGAGGUAUUGAUUAAAAUACAAAGCAACUGAACACAUGCAUUAAUAAUAAUAAUAAUAAUAAUAAUAAUAAUAAUAAUAAUAAUAAUAAUAAUAAUACAUCAAAAGGACUUUUGAAAUGGAUACCAGUGUGGCACCAAUGUCCGGGCACAACCAAGCCGAGCUUUUGCAGAACCAGCACUACCGGUCAGCGUUACAUUCCCGAGAUCUCUCCGCCGCUUUCCCGAGGCCUCCCCUUGUCUCCUCCAUGGCUUCCGUACUGGAGAGCGGGGAGCACCAUCACCACCCCCACCACCACCACCCACACCGUCCCCCCGGCAUGGAGCACACCCUCUCCACGCUGGGGUACGGCGGGGAGUCCCCUACCGGCUGUGGAAGCACGUACGCCACGCUGAGCCCCCUCCAACCCCUCCAGGACAAGUUUCACCACCAUCAGCACCCGUCCCACCACCCGUGCCUGCCGGUCGGCAACGUCAUCGGCAGUUUCACCCUCAUGAGGGAAGACCGCGGGCUGGGGGCCAGCUUCUACAGCCCUUACACCAAAGAUCUGGGGAUGGGCCAAAGCCAAAGCCUUUCCCCGCUGCCCAACUUGGGGGCCAUGCACGGGUACGCCCACCUAGGCGCCGCUAACAGGCAGAUCUCCUGCAACGGCUAUGAGGCCCACUCCCAUGCGCACACCGGGGGCGGGAGCGUUUUCUCCCGGGAAAUGUCGCCGCCGGUAAUGGGGGCGUGCCUGAACCGGAUGGACAACCCCCAAGCGCCCAGCCAACAGCACCCGUAUGGCCCCGACCUUCAUCACCACGAACAGCGGCGUUCCGACAUGGGAGGUGGCGGAGGGGACGUUCAUUCCGUCUCCGGCCGCGUCGCCGCCAGCGGGAUGUCGCCGCUGGGCCAGGGAGCCAGCGGGGAGGAAAUCAACACAAAGGAGGUGGCGCAGAGAAUCAUCAACGAACUCAAGCGGUACAGCAUCCCGCAGGCCAUCUUCGCAGAGAGAGUCCUCUGCCGGUCGCAGGGAACCCUGUCCGAUCUUCUGAGGAACCCCAAGCCGUGGGGGAAGCUCAAGUCCGGCCGGGAAACUUUCAAGAGGAUGUCCAAGUGGCUCCAGGAACCGGAAUUCCAGAGAAUGGCGUCCCUGAGGCUUGAAGCGUGUAAACGCAAGGAACAGGAACAGGGAAAGCUGGACCGGAACCAGGGACCCAAGAAACACCGACUGGUCUUCACGGACCUCCAGCGCCGGACCCUGCUGGCCAUCUUCAGAGAGAACCACCGGCCACCCAAAGACCUGCAGAUCACCAUCGCCCAGCAACUGGGGCUGGAGCUGACCACGGUCAGUAACUUCUUCAUGAACGCGCGCAGGCGCAGCCUGGAUAAGUGGCAAGACGAGGCGAGGCCGUCUUCGACUGGCUCCACCGGCUCGUCAGUGUCCUCCGCGGUCAAAGCGUGAGGGAGCUGAGAUCGCGAGACGCGUCCAGCUACCCUCCCACUACAUGAUCCAAAACCGGCACAAACUUGAUCGAACUUGCUGUUAACAAUCUGUUUCGUGUUUUUUUUUUUUUUAAAUUAUUUUUCUGUUUCAUGGGUUCAUGCUUUCAGCUCCUACGCAUGGAUUCCUUUUCUGGUGCAAUAGCGUUUUCAAUUAUUAUUAUUAUUUAUCGUUUGAUUGAUUUAUUGAUACACCGCGAUAUCCCCCGUUCUAUCAACGAUGCGGACUCCUUUGGGUUGGUCCUGGUCCUUCUUGGUUGGAUUUUAUGAAUUUUUUUGGGAUCACUUUGCGGUCGCUGGCUAGCAGAACACAUCAGCUGCUAAUCACAUGCACCCCAAAUCAGCUGAAAAAGCAGAUAACCUACAUACAUCAGCUUCAUAGUGUAUGCUCCCGAUAGACACAGUGUCUAUAACACAGCACAUAGGAGCUCAAAAAAAGAUUUCUUUACUGUGUAACUGAAAUACUGGCUGGGCUGCUUCUGUUGUGUGUGUUUUUGGACUCAUUUCACAAAAGAUGUCCCUGAAGCCGGAUCCCUCAAGCCCGAGGAGGACCAUACCGAAAGGAUGGUCUUUUAACGCGAUGGGUGGAGACUUUAACACCGGGGCUGUUCGAUGCUGGGACUGCAGCAGCAGCAAAUGGAGAGUCGUGAGACCCUGGAUUGGCUGGAAGAGCAGCUGCUCAGUGCCAUUGCUCAGGGAUCACUCCCUUCUCUAUUAGAAUCCAUACUGCGCAAUGCAGUUUCAGGAUGUGUUGAUUCAGAGGUAUUGAUGGCUUUGUGUCUCAAUACGGAAAGCCUGGUGGCUAUUGUGUGCGUUACAAGCAAUCCAAUACAACUACAAGGAGCUAGUUCUAAACAGGACCAUACCACUAUACCACCAAGUAUGCUAUAAAUGUAAAGAUUUUAUUACAUUAGCAACAGAACCCUUAAAGUCAUCUUAUUUGCUUGUUGGGGUUUUUUUUCCAACUAGAUUUCUGAAAACGUUGCCUCCUGGUGUGUUCCUGUUUUGUAGGUCACCUUCACUGUUACGGUUCUAACUGGCCACCCGUGGUCCCACUGGGAUAGAGCACAGACGUGACCUACAGAACAGGAAGUGACCAGAAAGCAAACAGUUGAACGUUUUUGAGAAAUUCCAUUUGAAGUCCAGUGAGAAUGGUAUGAAGAAGAUGGGUUUCAAAGACUAAAACUUGGAAAAGAAAACAGAAAAAGGUGGACAAAUGCAACGGCAACAUGGGAAUUCGUGGCUUGUGGACAAAUCCUUUCUGGAGGUAUUCAGAAGAAGCAGGACAGCCUUUUAAACACAAAUUCAUCUUAUUUAUUUAAAGACGUUGAAACAAGACCACCAUUGUUUUCUAAGACUUUGCCCCCCCCUUAUUUAAAGGGUGAGUUUUCCCUUUAAGUGUCCGACUUCUAUUUGUUUCCCCCCGUUUCCAGGGGAAACAAAGAUAGGAGAAGUUUGGUUCCAUGGAGAGGGGAAACACACAUAGAAAUCGUGCUAAUUUAUUUAUUUAUUUAUUUAUUAAUUCAUGUAUUUGUUUAUUCGUGUUUAUUUAUUUAUUUAUUUAUGAAUGAAUGUGUUUAUGUUAUUUAUUGAUGGGAAUGUGUAUUGUUAGAACACUGUUUUAGUGGUCUGUUCAACUACCAAAGACGAAUGCUAGUCACUGACUGUACCUGUAAUUUGUAUAACAUGUAAUAUUAAUU